UAAAUAUUUAAAAGUAUGGCCACAUGGUUAGUUAGGGCAUUCAAUAAGAAGAAAAGAGACUGCUUUUCAUUUCCAAACUGCAGCCUCUCUUUUUUACUAAACAAUUUUUCUCAUCAUCAACAGAUAACAAAAAUGGAAAAAGAAUAUAAUGGUGGAGAAAAUGGGAACAAAAUGAACUGGGAUAAGCUUGGAUUUAGUAUAAUUCCAACUGAUUAUAUGUAUAUAAUGAGUUGCUCAAAUUAUGAUGAUAAUUUUAUGUUUGAAAAUGGAAACCUUACUCCUUAUGGAAAUAUUGAGAUCAGUCCUUCUUCAGGAAUUCUGAAUUAUGGACAGGGAUUACUUGAAGGGCUAAAGGCAUAUAGAGGAGAAGACAACCAUAUUAGGCUAUUCAGGCCAGAGGAGAAUGCUCUAAGGAUGCAAAUUGGUGCAGACAGAAUGUGCAUGCCAUCUCCAUCCAUUGAACAAUUUGUUGAUGCUGUCAAACAAGUUGCCUUGGCCAACAAGAGAUGGAUUCCUCCUCUAGGAAAAGGGUCAUUGUAUAUUAGACCUCUGCUUAUGGGAACAGGGCCAGUUCUUGGUGUAAGACCAGCACCAGAAUGUACAUUUCUGCUCUAUGCUUCUCCUGUUGGCAAUUAUAGUAAGGGACCCUUGGAUCUUCUUGUUGAAGAACAUUUCCAUCGAGCCAUGCCGGGCGGAACUGGAGGCAUCAAAACUAUCACUAAUUACUCACCAGUUUAUAAAGCUAGUUCAGAAGCAAGGGCAAAAGGCUUCUCAGAUGUACUGUUUCUUGAUGCAGAGACUGGAAAAUAUAUUGAGGAGGGUACUGCAUGUAAUGUAUUCGUAGUCAAGGGAAAUUUGAUAUCAACACCGGCAAUAACUGGAACUAUUCUCUCUGGAAUAACCAGGAAAAGCAUUAUCGAAAUCGCUCUUUCUUUCGGAUACCAAGUGGAAGAACGUGCUGUUCCGCUGGAGGAGUUGGUAACUGCCGAUGAAGCUUUCUGCACAGGAACCGCCAUGGUUAUUAAAGCUGUUAGCAGCGUAACCUAUCGUGGAAAGAGAAUCGAGUAUAAAACAGGAGAAGAUACGGUGUCUCAAAAAUUUUAUGCAACACUAACAGGAAUUCAAACAGGUUGUGUUGAGGACAAGAAGGGAUGGAGUGUGAUCAUUGAUUAAAUUCCAUAAUUUCUCGUGUGGUGCUACUGUCUUUAUGUAAUAAAACUGUGUUACGACAUUCAUGUCGUUUACCAGGAAGCAACAUCUUAUCAAAUUCACACUUAAUAUUUCGCAGGAGGAUAAUAAAAGGUUAAAUGCAGUUAAACCAUGAAA